AGGAUCGCUUCCACAAGCGCGCUCUUGACUCUGCGUGCACUCAGUGUGGGCCUGAAACGAGAUCCCUUCCUGAGCCGCCCUGAGCGCUCCAAGUCCGCGCUAGGCACCUGCCCCCUGGCGGCUUCUGGGAGGUCCGGCGUGCUGCGCCGCCGAGGGCCGGCGCUAGGACCCAGCGGCCGGCGGGCGCGCUCGCGGAAGUCUCGCGGUGUUUCGGUUUGAACCGAUCGGCGGGCACCCGCCAUGGCCGCGUCCCACCCGCAGCCCGGGACCCGGCUCUUCCGAACGUACGCGGCGAGGGGCGUCCGGAGGUCGCAGCGGCAGCCUUGCCGGCCGGCCGUGCCAUGGUUCCAGCCGCCGGAUCCGAAGCGCGCCUUCAGCAGCAGCUUCAGCGGCAAUGACCAGUCGCCGUCUGUCUCUUCCGACGACCCGGACGACCCUGAUGACCCCGACUUCCUUGGCAGCCCAGUAGGCCCACGGCGCCGGCGACCUCGGGGCCGCGUCUCCCGCCAGUGCACCCUGACAGCCACCCAGAGGCUGCGGCCUCGGCCCCCGCAGAAGUGCAGCACCCCGUGCGGCCGGCCGCGACCGCCACAGUUCCCCAGCUGCAACCUGGGCUGCCUAAGCCCGGACCUCGGCGUGUGCAGCCAGUCCAGGGACAGCAACGACCUAGGCACCAGUGCCUCCCUGUUCAGCUCUCCGACCUCCCCCGGAGCCCCCGACUCGGAUACAGCCUCUGCAGUCCCCAACGACUGCCACUUCCCGGCAGCCUCCCUGGACGAAGCAUCUCUGCCCUGCCCCCAGGAAGCAGCAACAGAUGAAGGUGGGUUCACCGGGAUGGGUCGCCAAGCCGGAGCCGGCUUCAGGUCAUCUCUCUUUAGCCUUGUGGACUCAGGGACCACAGAAGAUUACGAGUUUGGGACCGAUGGGGAGAAUGUGAAGGAAUCGUGUAGAGGAGGAGAGCAGGUGGGAAACAGCCUAACGGGCCCGGGUCUGGCAAGCAUGGGAAAGAGAAGGGCCACAAGCCAAAAGGUUGUGUCUCAAGGAGCCGACCAGGUGGACGGUGGAAAGGCCAGUUCUUGCAAAGACCUUCGUGUACCAGAGCAAGUCAGCAGGCCUAAGAGAAAUGGACCACUCCGGAAGAGGAAACAGCAAGAAGCAACGGGAACGUCUGCCCUGCGCUACCACCGAUCUAAGAAGAAAAGAGAAGAUUCAGUCCCCUCCCCGGACUUGAAUCAUAUCCAUGAGGCCUGUUCUUGGACCAAAACCAGAGCCUCCUUCAGUUUCCACAAGAAGAAAAUUAUAACUAAUGUGUCAGAGGUAUGCUGCAAAUAUACUGCCAGUUCUCCCUCUAGGUCCCUCCUGUCUGAAUAUUCAACCUCUCUUAUCAUGAACAGAGCAAGCGGUACUGUUUCUUCCUGUCACUCCUCUUCUAUGUAUUUGCUAAGCCCCUUAGAGGCCCUGGAGAUCUCAGACAGAAAGCCAUCUUAUGCUGAAAAGGUUUAUGGGGAGUGUAAUCAGGAAGGACCUAUCCCCUUUAAUGAUUGCCUUUCCACAGAAAAAUUGGAACACUGUGAGAAGAUUGGGGAAGGGGUGUUUGGGGAAGUGUUUCAAACAAUUACUGAUCAAACACCUGUAGCCCUAAAAAUCAUUGCUAUUGAAGGACCAGAUUUAGUCAAUGGGUCUCAUCAAAAAACGUUUGAGGAGAUCCUACCAGAGAUCAUCAUCUCCAAAGAGCUGAGCCUCUUGUCUGGUGAGGUGUACAACCGCACAGAAGGCUUUAUUGGGCUGAACUCAGUACACUGUGUUCAGGGGCCUUACCCUCCCUUGCUGCUCAAAGCCUGGGAUCAUUAUAACUCAACCAAAAAAUCUGCAAAUGACCGGCCUGACUUUUUCCAGGAAGACCAGCUCUUUAUUAUACUGGAAUUCGAGUUCGGUGGGACUGAUUUAGAGCGAAUGAAAACAAAGCUGUCCUCCGUGGCUGCAGCAAAGAGCAUUCUGCACCAGAUCACCGCAUCCCUCGCCGUGGCAGAAGCAUCGCUGCGCUUUGAGCACCGUGACUUACACUGGGGGAAUGUGCUCUUAAAGAAAACCAACCUCAAAGAGCUCCACUACACCCUCAAUGGGAAGACAAGCACCAUUCCCACCCACGGACUACAAGUCAACAUCAUCGACUACACCCUGUCCCGCUUGGAGCGGGAUGGGAUUGUGGUUUUCUGUGAUAUUUCCACUGAAGAGGAACUAUUUACAGGUGAAGGUGACUACCAGUUCGAGAUCUACAGGCUCAUGAGGAAGGAGAACAGAAACUGCUGGGGUGAGUAUCACCCUUACAAUAAUGUGCUGUGGCUACAUUACCUCACAGACAAGAUUCUGAAUCAUAUGAGCUUUAAGACUAAAUGUCAGACCACAGCCAUGAAGCAAAUAAAGAAAGGCCUGCAGCAUUUCCACAGAACUGUACUAAGCUUCAGCUCUGCCACUGACCUGCUCUGCCAACACAGUCUGUUUAAGUAAGCCGGUUCUUAGUGCUCACGUUGAGAGCACUUCCAAAGCCUCAUUGAGAACACCUUCAACACCUCUGGGACUGUUUUUAAUCUCUGCCACUAGAGCAGGAUGGAGGUAAAUGCCCAGCUUUUUAAAAGAGAAUCUUGUUUUUAAAAGGUAACCAAAAUGUUUGUCGACAUGAUUAAACUUGCUUUUUUAACAAGUGUUCUUAAAAAUAAACUACAUAGAGGACAAGUUUUGAGCCUUGAUACCUUAUGUAGGAUGAGCAAAAAGAAGUCAGAAAGCCCAGGCCUCAGCUGUGGUCCUUCCUGCUCCUGAUGCUGUUGUCAAGGCUGGGACAGGAACCAGACCUCAGAUGAGUUAGUUACUGGAUGCAAAAAGGAGUAGCAGAACAGAGCCAAAAAAAAAAGAGAGAGAUAGAGAAAGAGAGAGACUAGAGGGUCAAAACCAAGAUGGAGGGGUAUAGACCAGCAUAGGGGAAGUGUGGGAAAUGUUUAUCAAAUUCAUUCACCAAUCACACAGAAGCAGAAGCAGAAUUUAUGGAUUUUCAAAAGGGAAAUAAAUGUCUCUAUGGCUCUGAUGUUUGAAUUUUUUGCUUAUUUUUAUCAAAUAAAAGGGGGAAACAGAUUGCUUUAAGAUCUUAAUGAUUAAUUUUCCUUCAGACUUACUCCUAAUAUUUUCCCAUAAUUAAGUUGUCUUGUUGUUUACUCCCAAAACUUGUGUUGGUUUGUUUGGGUUUGUUUUGGUUUUAAAGUUUUAAAUGUACAUUGGUUUGUGUGCAGCUACAGGUUGAGAGGCAGAGGGACAAAUAGAAGUCAGAGGACAACUUCAGGUGUCAUCAGAAAUGCCGUCCACCUUUGUGACAGUCAUUCAUGGGCCUGGAGUUCACCGAUUAAGCUAGGUUUGUGGGUUAGUGAGCCUCAGGGAUCCUCCACUUUCCUAGCAGGGAGAUUACAAGCAUAUACCACCACACCCAGCAUUUUUGCAUGGGUUCUGGGGAUCAGACUCUGUGCUUGCAAGGCAAACGCUUUACUGAGUUAUCCCCCAGCCCUGUUUUACUUUUUGUAGCCCUGAGGUUUGAAUCCAGGGCCUGGUGCAGGAUAGCAGGCAGCUUUGCACUGAGCUGCAUCCCCAGCCCUCUUUAUUUUGUGACAUGAUUUCACUAAGUUGUUCAGGCUAGUCUUGAACUUGUUCCAUUGCCAAGCUGGCUUAAACUUAUGAAAUUCCCUGCCUCAUCCUCACAGACAGCUGCAAUUACAAGCCUGUGCCACCAGGCCUGGCUAAAGCUCUAGUUUUUACACCUUUGAGAAUCUGUAGUCUCUGGAGAGACAUGUGAUCAUGAUAAAGAAUCCUACAAAUGUGGGCGGUGGUGGCAUACGCCUUUAAUCCCGGCACUCGGGAGGCAGAGCCCGGCGGAUCUGAGUUCGAGGCCAGCCUGGUCUACAAAGCUACAAAGCGAGAUGUAGGACAGGCACCAAAACUAGACGGAGAAACCCUGUCUGGGGGAAAAAAAAAAAGAAUCCUAACAAAACAAAACAAAAGCUAGGCAGUGGUGGCACACACCUUUAAUCUCACACCUAGGAGGCAGA